GUUGUUUUGACAGAUGGCUGCAUUUACAGAAAAAGUGGUGCUGAAGUGGCUGAAGGUACAGAAGAAACGCCCUGGAAGCAGCCACUCCCUGUUGGACACUGACCACGGGACGGAGAUGUGGGCCAAUUCGCUCGAUAAGGCUUGGCUCCGCUUGAUGGCCGCUCUCGCGAAUGAAAACAUGAUCCUGCAGCACACCGAAACCGUCAUCACCAGAACGGAACGAGAAUCUCCGGGGAGAGCUGCCACAUCCGACGCAAAAAGCAUCAUUGAUGGGUUGGAGGACCUAAUUACAACCACAGUGAAGACAUCUUCGGUCAAAAUUGGAAUUGUGGAAUUAAAACUACUUUUCGGGAAAUUCAAGUCAUUUUAUUGUUACGCUACCUUUGAUAUGGUCUAG